AUGUUCUACAUCCACGAAGUUCUGACUGAUCGCAAACAUGGUGUUGCUACCGUAUGGCUCCUCGCCACGCUCGGCUCCAAAUCCGGCGUCCGGAAACUCAAUCGCCGCAAUAUUCAAGAAGUCAAUGUACCGAAAGCCUGUGAGACGAUCAUUAAUCCCGCCGCACCCAUGGCGCUGCGAUUGCAAAGCAGCCUGCUCUAUGGUGUCUCACGAGCGUGCGAGAAGCAGUGCGAAUAUCUUCAUGCGGACACGGAGACGAUCUUUCGCGUCAUGAAUCAGGAGCUUCAUGGCACGCGAAGGCUCGACAUCGAUCUGGAAGGCGAAAAGACCAAGUCUACGGCCGAGAAUCUCAACUUGCAAGACGAUCCGACCUUCGUCCCCGAGCUCGUCCUCCAGACGUUCGAUAUCGACCUCUCCGAUCUGCCCGGCUUCGAGCUCUCCCUCGCGGGUGACUCCCAAGAACGCAACAAUUUCUCACCCCACACCUCCCAGGGCUCUCAAGGAGUCCCCAGACUCGAUCUCCGAUCUCCUAUCGAGAGCAGCGGCAUCGGCGGCUUUCAGCUGCCGGGCGCGGGGGACACCGAGCAUGUCACGCUGGGGUUCGGCGACGAUGAGGGGUUCGAUCCGAAUGUUGACUUCGGGUUCGACGCGGAGGGGAAUCUGGUGGAUCUGAGUGAACACCCGACCGGAACUCUGACAGCCCGGGGAACUCCAGGGCCGCUGGUUCUGGGAAGCGAUGCAUCGGCACGACGACGGGUGGAGGAUGAACACGCGGGGGCGGCACGGCAAGCAUUGCUAGGCGAUGCCGACAAGAUGGAUCUUGACGACCUCCCGGCCCUCCAAUACGACGAUCUAUCCGACGACCAUCCAAUGCCCACCACCCCCCAACAGCCCACCGAAUCCUAUGAAGGCUCGGUCGAAGCCGUCGCUUCCCUCCGCCCGCAGCAGCGCGCACCUCGCGUCAUCCCCAUGGACCACGACACCACCCUGCGUAACACGACGAUCAAAGAAUGGGGCCUCUCCUACGUCCCGCACAUGGUCGAGGCGCGCGACCGCCGGAUUCUGCAGAAAGCGAAUUUUCAGGCGAAGCGGAACGCGGAGUAUUGGGUUGCGGGGGUGGGGUUGGGCGGCGUCGGUGCGACGAUGAAGGAGGGGUCGUUCGGGCCAUUGAGCAUGUUCUUUGGCGAUGAUCUCAUCAAUGCGAUUGUGCCGGCCUCCGAGACGCCGAGCACUCCGACUGGGACCAGGAAGCGUAGCCGCACGGCGUUCGAGGAAGGCGAAACGGAGGAGGAAGUGAGACGAACGCGUGACGAAGUCGAGGCGGCCAUGGGAUACGACGACGAGAUGGUCCACGCUCCCGAAGACGAAGUCGAGGUGGCUCGAGAGGCGCAGCCGGAGCUGGAGGACAUCUCGAUCAUGAUGCCGUGGAAUGUCACGGCGUCGGUUCGCGGCUCGUCGGCGCAUCGUCUUAGCAGCAUUGCGCGCAUCGCCAGCUCCAUUAAGGGUCUGACGUCCCUCGGUACCACCGGUGCGCAUCCUGAUAUCCGUCGGAGAGAUACCGAGUCGCCCUUGGUCGGACGUGGCACUUCCCUUGCAAACCAGCAAAUUUUCCAGCUCGGAGGCACGGGUUUCUCGAGUGACUUUGUCGGCCACGAUGACUUCGCGCUAGGCGCUGACGAGCUCUCCGAGGGUGAGCAGGAACGGUUGCAGCUGCAGACCGAGAGUCAGGUGCAGCGGGCCGCGUUGGAUCGAGAGUCGGACAACUUCCUGACCUUCAUCCAAGCGGGAGUGGACGCGAAGCAGGAGAUCGAGGACGACGUCGAACAUGUCACGUUCGAGGAGCUGUUACCCCCCGAGACGACGAGCAGGAUGAUUGCGGCUCAGGGAUUGUUUCAUGUGCUGGCGCUGGGUUCGAAGAAUAUGGUGAGGGCGGAGCAAGAGGAGAUCUUCGGCGAUAUUCAGAUUAGAUUGAUCGAGGGUUGA